CAGGAUUAAUGAAGUUCUAUCUACAUUAUGCUGAUGUUCAUUAGAUGCCACGGAGGCUUGUGUUUGAAAGGGAUUGGUGUCAUAGAGAUCAUGCAUGAGUGUAUCACCUUUCAUUCAUUGUCAGGCUUCAGAAGUGGCAGCUCCUCUCAGCUGAGGAGGCUGCAGAAACCUGAUCAUUAGUUGGUUUUGACGGCAGCCAGAUCAUUCAAGAAAGACACCCAAGUCCUGCAGAAAUUAGAACUAGUGAUGCUCUAAAAGAGAUAGGUUUGCAUUGAGUGGAAGAUUGUUGAGAAUGGAUAAGGAAACCAGGAUUGCACAGUUUUUACAGUCAAGAAAUAAGACAUAUGUGUAUCUGUGGACCUACAGGCAGUUUCAGCAGGAGCAGGUUGAAUGGGAUGAUGUGAACAGACUUCUGCAGCAUCAUGGUUUUAAACGUGUGUUUUUUGCCGAUCCUGUGGAGAAUAAGAACCAUUCAGAUUUAGUCCUACUGGACAAGAAAUCAGCUGGUGAGGUGAGGAUGACACUGAGGACGAUGCUGACAGACUCAGAGAGGAGACAGGCUCUCAUCCAGGAGCUCGUCAAGUCCAACAACCAACUCAAAGAGGAGGUUCAACAGCACACGAGUCGAGCGGCUCAGCAAUCUCAGAGGGUUACGGAGCUGGAGGGGCUGCUGGACGAGGUGAAGACCAGAGUCCAGGACCUGGAGGACCGGUACCUCGGCAAGGCUGCACAGCAACACAGCCACACUCAGCAGCUGCAGCAGGAAAAACAAGAUGCACAGAAACGGUGUCAUGUUUUGGAGCAGAAGCUGUCAAAACAGAAGGAGGAAGCAGGUCAGCUUCAGAGGAAACUCUAUUUCACCAUCAAAGAAGAAGAGCGACGAUUUGCUCGACAGAGUCAGACUUUCCAGAACAUCUGCAAGAAAGUCAGCGUGCAGAGCUCAGAUGCAGAUCAGCAGGUGCUGGAUGUGAUUGACUUCUAUGAGACCAAAAUGUCUGAGCUGUUGGAUGAGCUCAGAUCUAUUAAAGGAGAAUCACAAGGGUCUAAAAUGUCUGAUUCAACAAGAACUAAGAAGACACCCAUCAGUGUUACUCCGUCUUUCAAAACUAUUCUCAAGGCAUACCAGGAGCAGCAAAAGGAAAGCAAAUCUGGGGUAGAAGAGCUAAAGAGGGAAGUGGAGAACCUGAAGAAAGAGUUGGAGACGAGAUUGCCUAAAGAAGACAACACAACUGAGAUUAGUGAAAACGUCAGUGACCACUCCAGGGAAGCCAGGUUAUGUGCCCACUAUCAUAAUCUGCUGAAUGAGAUCAAUGCAGUUGUGAUGGAUCCUAAUGCCCCGUUACGACUACACAGACAGAAACCCUCUACAGCUGACCUGGAGCUGGCUGAUUUCCAGCCUCUCCUCCCCACACUGGAGGCCUGGGCCCAGCAGCAGCAUCUGCUGAAGGAUUUUCAGUGCAGUUUAAAUAAACUUUCUGCCAGACUGAUGCCCUGGCAGCUGUGUGAGGGUGUCCAUAAUGCAGCUGAAGCAGUGAAGGUUGAGGACAUGAUGUUGCUUGUGGACACCAUGCUGGAAACCAUCUCAACUGAUGAUCAGAAGGCCCUCAGGAGCCCCACUCCGUACACUCUGGGCUCCAUGGUGUCUCAUUUCCAGAAGCUGUUUGACAUCACGUCUCUCAGCGGGGUCUACCCACGAAUGAACGAAGUCUACACCCGACUGGGGGAGAUGACCAACGCCAUGAAGAACCUCAGAGAUGUUCUGAACCUAGACAGCAGAGUUUCUCCUGCUGAGGUGGUGAACCAGGUGUCAAGACUGGUCUCUUCCGCUGAACACACCGAAGGACUCCAUAAUCUGCUUGGAGACGCUGACAUUGACAGCAUCAUCACCAAAGUGAAGCAGCAUGAAGAGUUCUUCCCUGCGUUCCAUGCCCUUGUUACAGAAAUCUUACAGACUCUAGGAGUAAGUCACCUGGACAACAUCCUCCCAGCUCUGAAAGACUUGAAACAAACAGCACAGUGAGCUGUGGCUGUUGCUGAACUGAGUGCUGUGUUUUGUUCAUUCCGCCUGUUGUGGGGUGUAAUGUUUGUUUUUAAUAAAAGCUCACAAUGAGAGAA